AUGGCUGACCGGAAACAAGGACAACAGGAAACAUUUAUCCCCGGAGGAACUCAAGGACUAUGUUACCCAGUACGAGGCAGACAAGAAGCAAGUCGAUCAAAAGGUGGCGGAAGAACAAAUACAAAAUCGAAUGGCCAAAUUAUCAACCCCACAGAUCGGCCAGCACCAGACUUACCUGUCACCCGCCCGACGCAAUAUGAGUAG